GCUAGUAUAUUUAUAAUAUUUUCCUCUAAACUGAGCCUUACGACACCACGUAAGACGUGUAAUAAUGUACGACCUGCAUUUUUAUGUACGAGUGUUUAAGGUCGGGUAGUCAGUGGUCUGUAUUGUGUAAGGCACGACGCUAUAGGAGGCGAGAAUGAACUGGCUGCUGUAUGUAAUAGGCGGGGCACUGGCAGUCUUCUGGUUGCUAUGGAGAUACAAGAACAGGAGGAUGAUACAGAUGGGCAACAAGCUCCCAGGACCACCCACGAUACCACUCUUGGGGAACGCGCUGAUGUUCAUGUGCCAACCAGAAGCUUUUAUCAAAGUAAUAAAGGAUUUGAUGGCAGAAUACGGUAAUGUCACGAGAGUCUGGCUCGGUCCUGAUCUGAACAUCAUUGUCAGUAAUCCUGAUGACAUAAAGCUACUACUCUCAAACACAAAGACCAGUACCAAAGGGCCUCAAUACAAAUACAUGGCGGAUGUCCUUGGAGGGGGAAUUCUGAGUGGAUCAGGCCCGACAUGGAGACGACAUAGGAAGAUAGCGAACCCAAACUACGGCAAGAGAGCCAUUGAAGAAUACAGCGAAGUGUUCAACCAAGAAGUGGAUCUCCUGCUGAAGAAGUUCAGGUCUAUGCCGAGAGAACAGUUUAAUGUUUACGAACAUGUCGUGAGGACCACUAGCUAUGCAGUUUGUCGAACUUUAAUGGGUUUGACAAAAGAACAGACGAUAAAAUUACCACACCUUGAAGAAUUGAUUGACAUAAGUCCAAGCCUCUACGACAUAGUAUUUCGUAGAAUGACAAAAUGGUACCUGCAAAUUGAUCCCGUUUUCUGGAUGACCAGUGACCAUCACUGCCAGAAAAACUUCAUAAAAUUGAUGACAGGCUUUUGUGAAGAAAUUCUGCAGCAUAGGAGGGAGAGGUUAAAGACUUUGGAGGACAGUAAGAGGGAGUUGAUGAACUCUGAAGAGGAUUCGAGAGUGAAUACUGAACUGAGUGUCAUUGAUAGGUUCCUACUGUCCCAGGAACUUGAUAAGGAGGAGCUGGUGCAAGAGACUUUUACUAUAUUUACUUCGAGUCAAGAGGCUACAGCAAAAAUAUCAUCUUACAUUCUUCUUAUGAUGGCUUAUCAUCCAAAAUGUCAGGAGAAACUCUAUGCAGAAAUAAAGAGCAUUAUUGGCGAUGAGGACAGAUACGUGACUGAUGACGACUUGAAGCGGAUGCCGUACUUAGAGAUGGUGUUCAAAGAAGUGCUGAGGCUGUACCCCAUAGGAGCCAUGUUGCAACGUACUGUUAGCGAGGAUAUUGCUAUUAGUAACUACACUCUGCCCGCUGGUUGUUCCUUCGUAGCGCCCAUAUUCCAUAUACACAGAGAUCCCAGAUUCUGGACAGAACCAGAUCGAUUCGACCCAGAGCGGUUCAACCCUGAAAAUGUGAAGACACGCAACCCUAACGCUUAUAUACCGUUUAGUCUUGGACCGAUGGACUGUUUGGGACGAUUCUUCGGGACAAAAUUAGUGAAAACACUUUGUGUACGAGUACUGAGAGAAUUUGAACUUUCUUCAACUGAAACUUACGACGAUCUACGAGUGAUAAUAGCUAUAUCUGUUGCUUCAUUGAACGGUUUUCCUAUCAUAUUGAAUCCGAGAAAGAAAUGAACCAAGGUUUAUUGUCAUAGCACUUUAUAUUCAAGGGUUUAUUUACAAAAUAAAUGAUUUGUUACGGGUA